AUGGUCUUCGGAGUAGGACUGUUGGUCAAUGCGAUCCUUAUAGCUAUCCCAGUUGGGGGGAGCGUAGGAGCUCUCAUGGGCAUUGAUGCCCAUAGAGCUGCUAAUGGUCAGAAGCCUCUAUUCACCGGGGAUAAUGAUGAUAGCACCAAUCCUGGAAAAGGCAACGGCGGCGACAGUACUGGCGGUGGCGGCGGUGGUCACCACACGAUCACCAACAACGGCGUGCAACACACUCUGUACUGCGAUCUCUCUUAUGGAAUCACCCCGCCGUCGAAAACAGAACAAUAUACCCUGAAUCCCAAUCAGUGGGGUGUGACAGCAGACUCGACUGGAAAUGGGCUCUGCAUGAAUAUCACGACGUUCGUCAACCAGACUUAUGCAGCCCAGACUGCUCCCGAGUUCUCCAUCACCUGGCAGUACGACCAUGGCCCUCCAACUAUGCCUGUCCAUGGAUACCCGAAUAUUCGCGUCGACAACGUCUUGCCAAAGCAGAUGGAUAAGAUCUCGGAAUUGAAUGUUGACCUGCAUUGGACAUACGGAGUGGGUGACAAGCCUGCCGAGUCAACAGAUGUCCAAGCGUUGGCGAAUGAAAACCUUGCUACCAACGUCGCCAUUGAUAUGUUCUUGGAUGCCGAUUCCGACAAAGCUACGAAUGCAUCUGAGGCGAACUUUGAGGUGAUGGUUUGGUUCUGGAUGUCAAACGAGGAGGCCCAGCCCCAUGGAUGGGGACAUCCGGGAAUCAACCGGACCUUGGAAGGAACGAACUUCACACUUUACACCGGUAAAAAUGACAAUGGGCAGCAGGUUUUGUCCUGGGUCCCGGAAACGGUGCUCGAGAGGUUCACUGGAGACAUUUAUCCUCUCAUCACCGAUCUCUACAACUUGGAAGGAGAUGAUUACCCAGCCAAAGACGACUUCCUUGGCAGUCUCAGUUUCGGAACGGAAGUUUACUCUGUGAACAACAAUGUCACAUUCUGGGCUGAGCAGUACAAGAUCGACAUUAAGAGUUGA